AUGGUUACGGAUAAUGGAACAAGUGCACUGAAACAUCACAGCAUUAACGACAGAAAGAAGAGAGUUUCGUCAGAAAAGACAGAUCCUAGACUUGAACACGACGUCGAAAAGAAUGGAAAUCCUACACGGAAACUGAUAAAAACUGAAAACAAACAGGAGGUGUUCUUGUCAGAAAACAUACAUUACAGACUUGAAAACGACGUUAUAGAAAACGGACAUCCUACAAUGGCGCACAUUACUACUGAAGAAAAGAAAGGAACAUACAAGGUGUACCCCUCCAGAUGGAUUAUGCUGUUCAUUGCUAGUAGCCUGAACCUAUCAACUUCAAUGAACUGGAUCACGUUUGCUGCGGCAGCCGAUACUUCUGUAGAAUUUUAUAAUAUUUCCACUCUUCAACUGAAUAUACUGUCUAUGUGCUUCGUACUUGUAACUAUACCUGUUGGUCUGACGGCUGCCUGGGUAACGGACACAUUCGGACUCCGAGCAACUUUUAUGAUUGCGGCGUGGUCAAAUGGUGUCGGGUCUCUCCUAAGGAAUGUCAGCGCAAUGGACAUAGUUCCACUCAGUUCUAAAUAUAGCGUGGUUCUGAUUGGUCAGAUUUUAAUUGCAUGCGGCGAGAAGUUUGUUAUGAUGAUUCCAACAAAACUUGCGGCGCUCUGGUUUCCAGAAAACAGAAGAGCCCUUGCAAAUAUGAUCGGAGGAAUUAUCAUGCUUGGUCUACUAUUGCUUGGUUUUCACAUGAUCUCUCUCCUUGCAGCUGAUGCUGUUGGUAAUAUGGUUGCCUUUAUCGUUGUCCCUGUGAUGGUAGAUGUCAAAUCAGAUAUUCCAUCAAUGUUGUGGGUAAUGUCAGUUACUGGAAUGGGUAACUUGACACCACCAGCGAAACAUUCAGUCCCAUUUUCAGAUGGGUAUUGUCACUACUUGCGUGACGUUUCAAACUAA